AUGUACUAUAUCCAUGCAGAACCCUCUGCUAUUCAUUGUUCACAAAAUGGUUCACUUUUGAAUCAGCUAGAACGUGAUUCCCAUCGCAUGGACACAUUAAAAAGGAAAGUUAAAAUUUUCUUCAGAGAAAAUGUUGAUCCUAAAUGUUGGGAGAAGCUCCCAACAUUGAAUAUGGGCUCCAUUCAUCUGGACUGGAACUUCCAGGAAUGUUAUGUUAUAGGUAGCCCCUCGGGACAUUUUCCCGGAUUUCAGUCAAAUAACCCUAAGAACAAAAUAUACACAAGAUUAGGCUAUAAUUUAUCAAAAGAACAUUUAUCAUUUAUGGUAAAAAGUAUCAGGAAAAAGCAAAUGAGGAGAGGAGAUAGAUCUGUCAAAGGGAUGAUGCAGAUAAUGAUGUGGCCUCUGCUGCUUUGCUCCAACACAACACCACCACCAAAUUCCACCGCUGAACGGGAAAUAAACUAUAUUGCAAUAAUUGAUGAGUGUGUUAAAAUUGGUCCACAUAACACAACAGCAGCCUCUUAUGAGAUAGAACAUCUGUAUUUAGUCAGUUCACUGCCCGAUCACUGCGCAUUUUCACCUCCGCCGAGUUUCGAUGCUUUUCAGCGCCAAACCUCUCUGAUGACCAGCUGCACGCUCUUGUGGAAGGAACUUUUCGAUCAUUUCUCUUCCCUCGAACAGGACCUCCAGAAGCAAGAAGAUGCGCUGAAAGCCAAGCCCCAAGUUUCGAAUUCAAAUACUGAGACAUCUCUGAAAGUCCUUGAUAACCGUGAGUCCUCAAUCUCCAAGUCAUUGUCUGUGGCCUUUGAAUCAUUGGAAAAGGCAACAAAAUCUUCAAUUUCUAGAGUAUUAUCGGAGGAUCUUACAGUAUGUAAAGAUGAGGACCAGAAUGGAGAGCCUGGAAUAGAUAACCCCGGGGUUUGUUUCUCAAGUUGGGGAAAGGAUAGGAGGAAGACGAAGAUGCAGCUUUUCCCCCUCUUUUUCUUUCUUUUUUGGAGCGAAUUGGAUGGUGGGACCGACGGCUUCCCCUCAUUGAAGAAGCCACGAAGUGAAACAUUAUAUAUUUGUUGUAGAUCCAGUUUGUACGCUCACCAGAAAUUAAAAAGAAGAAAAAGAAAGAGAAAAAAAGAAAAGACGAUGAAAGAAUCAAUAAGCAAAAAAGAAGGCGACCAGGCACAAAUAGAUAUCUGGAAUUAUGUGUGUGGUUUUACUUCAAUGGCUGUAGUAAAGUGUGCUGUUGAUCUAGGAAUACCUGAUGUCUUGGUGAAUCCCAUGACACUCUCCGAGCUCUCUUCGGCCCUCAAUUGCUCACCUUCUGCUCUCUAUCGCAUCAUGAGAUUCUUGAUUCACCGCGGGAUCUUUAAGGAGACAGUGAAUGAUAAUAAAGAUCAAUUAGAAUCAAUUAUUUACGCUCAAACGCCUCUUUCCAAGCUUCUAAUAAAAAAUGGAGCCAAUAGCAUGGUUGAUCUUUUGCUACUAGAGACCAGCCCAGUAAUGCUUGCACCAUGGCUCAGUCUAAGUGCACGGGCUUUAGCUGACGACGCUUCAUCAUUUCAGGCUGCGAAUGGUGAGGAUCUAUGGCGCUAUGCUGCGGAAAAUCCAGCCCAUAGCAAGCUGAUAGACAACGCAAUGGGGUGCAUGGCUAGGAUAACAGUGCCGGCAAUUCUUGAUCACCAUCCAGAGGUUUUCGAAGGGAUUACUUCUUUGGUGGAUGUUGGUGGUGGCAAUGGAACAGCUCUUAGCAUUUUGGUUAAGGCUUGUCCAUGGAUUAAGGGGAUUAACUUUGAUCUCCCUCAUGUAGUUUCUGCUGCUCCACAUUAUGAUGGAGUUGAGCAUGUUGGAGGCAAUAUGUUUGAAAGUGUUCCAAAGGCUGAUGCUGUUUUCAUCAUGCAAGUUUUACAUGACUGGAACGACGAAAAGUGUAUAGACAUCUUGAAAAAGUGCAAAGAAGCUAUUCGUGCAGACACGGGAAAAAUGAUCAUCGUGGACAUUGUCAUUAACGAAGAAGAAGUGGACAAGUAUAAACAUGUUCACUUGUAUCUAGAUAUGAUUAUGAUGGCUCAUACUGAUACAGGAAAAGAAAGGACUCCUAAAGAAUGGGAAUAUGUUCUGAAUGCAGCUGGAUUCAGUAGAUACACAAUCAAACAGUUUCAUUAUGUUCAAUCUGUGAUUGAAGCCUAUCCAUAAGAGUGGGAAUUAUUUAUGGCAAAUUAAAAUGUAUUCCAAUAAAAUAAUUAGAUUUUGUAAUCGUUCACAACUCUACGUAUAUAAGUUGUGAAAUAUAUGUAAACAAUAAAGAAUAAUAGUGAUAAUUACUAUACUUCAUUGAGUGUC